UAACAAAAGUUUUUUAAAAAAGAGUGUCAAGACAACAAAGAUCCAUCUCUCCCAAAUUCACAAUUACUUACCUUCUUCAUUCUCAAAACAAGGAACAUCUUUUAUUCCCUCUCAGAUGAUUUUGUUUCUUACGGUUGAAGAGAUGAUGGAUAUGAACCGAUCCCGGAGGUUGAACUUCAAUGCUCCAUUCUUGUCGACCAAACGACAUGUCACCCAAGAGAAGCUUCCUGGUCAGUUUCCUGAAGCUUCAGUUCCGUUUUGCUGGGAGACCGCUCCUGGGAUGCCCAAGAACUCGUCUCAUUUGAAAAAUGACCCUGAAUCUGAAACACCACGUCUCAAACUACCUCCUGGAAGAUUAAAGGUUAAUGGUGAAAACGACGACUUUGAUGACGCCAGUGAGGGCUUAACACCAGCUAGAUUGUUGCGAAUGAAGAAACGUGACAAUCACGAACGUUACCAUCAAACAAACCAAGACAUGGUCGAUGUCUUGUCUCUCACGCAAGCCAUAGACAUGGUCGAACUCCCAAAAGAUAGUUCUGAAUCGGAUGAUGGAAGCAGCGGAGGAGGCGACUCAAACGGAUACUUAACAAUGGAGAGCACAGAGCGAAGCGAAGAAAUGUCACCAAGUUACAUAAUAGAGAGGUUUCUACCGGAUGCAGCGGCUUUAGCAGCCGUGACAUCAGCGGCUAGCCAAAGGAGGAGGAAGAAGAAGCUCCCAUAUUUGAGUGGUGCAACGGUGAGGCAGUCUUGUUUUUCGCCCAAGGCUUGUGGCUUGCAUGUGUUGCUGCCUUGGAGCACUAAGCAUAGAAUCUGUGGCUUCAAAAACGCUUUUUCUCCUUCUUCCCAAAUCCACUUGCAACCCAAGUUUAUUGAAAAAGAUAACUAGUUUGGAAUUAAGGUACUUGUUGUUAUUAAGGGAACUGUUAUUAAUUAGACUAUUUACCAUUUUUCAAUUAUAUGUUGUUGUGACACACCUUUUUGGUUUCUUGUAAAAUGUGGUGGUUUAUAAGACUAAACAACAAAAAAAUAAGCAUGUACAAAAUAAAAGGCUUUUUAGCCAAAAUUGAUGCACCUAGCUUUAAUUAAA